ACGAGACUACAAUAGCAUACUCCCCAAUUCCCUCACCCUAUAGAAAAAUGAAUGAAAUGGAAUAUCACUGUUGAAAACUAGUCAAUGUAGUGAAACGCUUGUCCAUUUCCCCGUCCUUAUAUUUUAUUCCUGCAUCAAGUUUGCUUAAGCUUCUUCCCCUCCCUAGUAUUAUUCCCAUCACAUUCCCCUCUUCCUUCCUUCCCACUUCCUACUCCCACCACACACCUCAUUCCCCAAUCCCAUCAUGGUGGUGUGUAGAGAGACAUAGAGGAGCUUGCAGCAACCUCUGAGAGGUGGAAGAAGGCAUGGGAGAGGAGAAAGAGAAGGUUGUGAUGGAGAUCCUGGAAGACGAUGAGAAGAGAUCUUCGGAGAACUCUGUACCAUCUGCAGUUCUGGACCUCAACGAGGGCUUCGGCGAAGGGAGCGAUGGAGGGGAAGUCGGCGAGGAUGCUGACGACGACGAUGUGGAGGAGGAGGAGGACUAUGAAGGCGGUAGCACAAGUGAAGUUGCAGGAGCGGGUUCAAGCAACAGCAGCAGCAACCACAAUUCCGGGAGCAACAUGGAUCAUGACAUGAAUAGCGGCAGUAAGGGGGAAGGCAGCAGCGAGAGGGCGCCGGCGGUGAGGCAGUACAACCGGUCCAAGCUUCCCCGGCUCCGGUGGACGCCAGACCUCCAUAUGGCGUUCGUCCACGCCGUGGAGAGGCUGGGCGGGCAAGAGAGAGCAACGCCAAAGCUGGUGCUUCAGAUGAUGAACGUGAGGGGGCUCAGCAUUGCUCAUGUAAAAAGUCACUUGCAGAUGUACAGAAGCAAGAAGCUCGACCAUGAGUCCGGACACGAGAGAGCAGCCAUCUCCUCGGUUUUCUCGCCCAUGGGCUUCCACAUGAGGAGAGGGGACCAGCGCUUCCAUGACAUGUUCUUCCAGCGAGCCGCCGGCUCGGCGAUCUCCUCCCGGCUGCUCCACGCUGGCGGGUUCUUCGGGUCGAGGAAUGCCGUCUCGCCGGAGGCCAGCAGGCUAUUCGGGCUCCUCCAACGCCGGCAGCCCACCAUGCAAACGUUUGACUUCAAGAACUACAGUAGCCUCAGGAACCAGGAGUGGACAUUCAGCCAGCAUGCGGCUGCGGCGGCGAGGGCUGGCGCCAUCAACGACCACGGCCCAGCGAGAGGGCUCAUCCACGACAUGAUCUUCAGAAAGGACGGCAAGCCGACGUCGCAUCUGUUCGACGUGCGGGAUGCCAUCGCCUCCAACCGGACUUCGUCCGCGGCGGCUGCGGGCGGCGCGACCGAUCACGGCGGAAGAAUCGGGAGCUCUGAUUGGAUCGGCAGCAGCUCCCGGCCCCUGUCUAGGACAACGUCGGCAGCCGCUGCUUCCACGGGCUUUGCGUUGGGCAGUCUCCAUCUCCUGUCUAAGGGGAUGAGAGGCGCCGCUGCUGGUAGCAACGGCUACCACCCCAACGGCGACGCCAACACGACGUCAUCCGAUCCCGUGGUGACGAGGGAAGCCCUAGGUUCCCGGCUCGAGACGCACCUAGUAGAGCCCAAGAAUCCGAGCAAAGUGAUCGGCGAGAUGCGCACGGGGACGCCAGCGAAGAGGACGAAGGCAUCCAUGGAGGAGAACGGUGGUGGUAGUGGGAUGCCGGACUUGCAGCUAAGCUUGAGCCCCAACGUGGGAGGAGAUGCCGACAAGGCCAAGAAGAGGAAGAUCCUAAGCAUAGCGUUAAGUGAGCAGGAGGAGGUGGAUAGCGAUAAGAUGCUGCCACUCUCGCUCUCGCUGUCGCUCCGGGGCGGUGACAGCGGCGGCGAGGGGAGCGGCGGGGAUGCCGGGAGGUUAGAGGCAGAGACAGGUAGCAGCAGCAAGAAGGCCGUUCUGGGGCUGAGUACUUUGGAUCUGACCAUGUCGAUCAAGGCAUUGGAGUGAGAUCUUUCAAGUACUUGUCCCAAGGCCUUCCAAAACUUGCACACUGCACCAUGAGAUUAAGUAAUAAGAUUGUUAAUUUAAGUUAACCGGACUUCCAGACCAUAAAAAAAUACAUACAUAUCUUAUAUGUUCA